UCUCCUCCCCCACCCUCGGCGCGGACGGGGUGGAUCCAGCUCACUCCCCUCCCCCGAGCGGCCGCGGCGGCUGCGGGCGCUGAAUGAGAGACGCCGACUGCUCGGGUUGCUGAGCGCUAGCCUAGGCGGCGGCGGCGGCAAAGCGGCGGAGCGGGAGGCCGGCGCCGUCUUUCCAUCGUCCGAGGCGUCUGCCCCGGCUGCACAGGAAUGAGAAUGUACUUGUGGCCUUGGAUGUGAAGCAGUCAGUCCUGUGUUGCUGUUAGGUGGCCUCAGGGACUGAUGUUGUGGGAAGCAUGGACCUAAUGAACGGGCAGGCAAGCAGUGUUAAUAUUGCUGCUGCUGCUUCUGAGAAAAGUAGCAGUUCUGAAUCAUUAAGUGACAGAGGUUCUGAAUUGAAGAAAAGUUUUGAUGCUGUGGUAUUUGAUGUUCUUAAAGUUACACCAGAGGAAUAUGCGGGUCAGAUAACACUAAUGGAUGUUCCAGUAUUUAAAGCCAUUCAACCAGAUGAACUUUCCAGUUGUGGGUGGAAUAAAAAAGAAAAAUACAGUUCUGCACCAAAUGCAGUUGCCUUCACAAGAAGAUUCAAUCAUGUAAGCUUUUGGGUUGUUAGAGAGAUUCUUCAUGCUCAAACAUUGAAAAUUAGAGCAGAAGUUUUGAGCCACUAUAUUAAAACUGCUAAGAAACUGUAUGAGCUGAAUAACCUUCAUGCACUUAUGGCAGUGGUUUCUGGCCUCCAGAGUGCCCCAAUUUUCAGGUUGACUAAAACAUGGGCGUUAUUAAGUCGAAAAGACAAAACUACCUUUGAAAAAUUAGAAUAUGUAAUGAGUAAAGAAGAUAACUACAAAAGACUCAGAGACUAUAUAAGUAGCUUAAAGAUGACACCUUGCAUUCCCUAUUUAGGUAUCUAUCUGUCAGAUUUAACAUACAUUGAUUCAGCGUACCCAUCCACUGGCAGCAUUCUAGAAAAUGAGCAAAGAUCAAAUUUGAUGAAUAACAUCCUUCGAAUAAUUUCUGAUUUACAGCAGUCAUGUGAAUAUGAUAUCCCCAUGUUGCCUCAUGUCCAAAAAUACCUGAACUCUGUUCAGUAUAUAGAAGAACUACAAAAGUUUGUGGAAGAUGAUAAUUAUAAGCUUUCAUUAAAGAUAGAACCAGGGACAAGCACACCACGUUCUGCUGCUUCCAGGGAAGAUUUAGUAGGUCCUGAAGUAGGAGCAUCUCCACAGAGUGGAAGAAAAAGUGUGGCAGCUGAGGGAGCCUUGCUGCCACAGACACCGCCAUCCCCUCGGAACUUGAUUCCACAUGGACAUAGGAAGUGCCAUAGCUUGGGUUAUAAUUUCAUUCAUAAAAUGAACACAGCAGAGUUUAAGAGUGCAACGUUCCCAAAUGCAGGGCCAAGACAUCUGUUAGAUGAUAGCGUCAUGGAGCCCCAUGCACCAUCUCGAGGCCAAGCUGAAAGCUCUACUCUUUCUAGUGGAAUAUCAAUAGGUAGCAGCGAUGGCUCUGAACUAAGUGAAGAGACCUCGUGGCCUGCUUUUGAAAGGAACAGAUUAUACCAUUCUCUCGGCCCGGUGACAAGAGUGGCACGAAAUGGCUAUCGAAGCCACAUGAAGGCCAGCAGUUCUGCAGAAUCAGAAGAUUUGGCAGUACAUUUAUAUCCAGGAGCUGUUACUAUUCAAGGUGUUCUCAGGAGAAAAACUUUGUUAAAAGAAGGCAAAAAGCCUACAGUAGCAUCUUGGACGAAAUAUUGGGCAGCUUUGUGUGGAACACAACUUUUUUACUAUGCUGCCAAAUCUUUAAAGGCUACAGAAAGAAAACAUUUCAAAUCAACAUCAAAUAAGAACGUGUCUGUAGUAGGAUGGAUGGUGAUGAUGGCUGAUGACCCAGAACAUCCAGAUCUCUUCUUGCUGACUGACUCUGAGAAAGGAAAUUCAUACAAAUUUCAAGCUGGCAACAGGAUGAAUGCAAUGCUGUGGUUUAAGCAUUUGACUGCAGCCUGCCAAAGUAACAAACAACAGGUUCCUACAAACUUGAUGACUUUUGAGUAAAAGCCUGAUGAAGAACAAGAUGAACUACUACCCUGACUGAAAGCGAGGACCUGAGGAAAGAGCGCCAGCUACAGACCAACCCUGUGCCAGGAAGAGCCCAGAGGUUCCGUCUCAGCCUUUGGAGUUCUGAACCAAAAAAAAGCACUAAUUUCAGGGAAUGAAGUGAGAUAUUCCCAGAGAACAAAUUGGAGUUGCAAAGCAAACUGCCAUGGACCAUGCUUCUUAUCUCUGAACUGACCUGUGGAAACCACUGCCUUAAAAGAAUGAAAGGAAAACCAACAUGAAACACCAAAUAGUGUGUGUGAAUCUUCUGGCGGUGCUGUGCUUGGGAUAGAUCGUAGCUAAUUUGCAUUUCUUUUCACUUUGUACUAAUUUUGGAGGGGGGAAUCGCCUUUUUUAGAUAUACUUUAAAAGGAAAACCAUUUCUUAUGGGUUACAUCAGGAGCUAGUACUUGAACGGAGGUGUAAAGAUGCUCCGGCGCUUAGUAGGGUUUAACCAGCGCCCUCGCCAAAAGGUUUUUUGACGCCCCCAUCGGUCUGCAGCCUCACUUGCUCUCUCACAGCAAGAGUGUGGGAAUCAGAAAUGUUACUGAUGUGAGUUGUUGGAGUUUGUUUGGGAUUGGGGGGGGAGGGUGUUUUGUUUUGGAUGGGGGGAGGUUUUUUUUAAACACUAAACUUCUGAAACUUAGUACUGUAUGGGGAGCAUUAUUUCCUGCAGGAGGUAUAAAGGCUGAGUGUUCACAUGCCAGACAUUUUUUUCAAGUGGGCUCCAGAAAACGUGGUUGUUUUUAACUGGGUUUAAAGUUUAGCCUUCUCUAUAUGAAUUCAUUGUUGGACCACAGAUCUGCUUAGUAGAGAACUGUAAUCCCGACCUAAACUUUUCUAAGAAGAUUUUACAACUCCAUUGUUUUCAAAUUAAUUGGAUUACCCCUUCUACCACUCACAGGUGAUUUUUAUCCUCAAGAGUGAUGUAUUGAAUGUUUUGUCAGGAUGUUUUCUUUUACAGUGUUUAAUGUGCACAAUGCCAGUUAUUUUUUUAUUAUUCAUUUUCAUUAUUUUUGUUCAGUAUGAGAGUCAGGAUCACAUUUGUUUAAAAGAGAUUCUAAAUAUGUGUGUAUGCAUGUAUGUAUUUUAUUAUAAGGCAUACAGAUUAGUUUUCAAAGGGAAAAAGGUGAGAGAUUGAGAGGCUGGGAAUUUUAAGUAUCAAACUUUCCUUCUUAACCUAACUUUCCUUUAUCACAAACAUUUUUCUGAAAAACUUACUCUAGGCUCCUACCAUGAAACCAUAUUUUGUCAGUAGUUGAUCAAGCAGUUUUCUGAGAGCUCUUCUAUGCAAUGAUGCAUUCUUCAACGUCCAAAAUAAAUGUUGAGUUAAAAAAAGAUUUGAAGGUCAAAUGCCUUAAGAGUUUUAACAAAAAAUGGCGCUUGGACAAAGGCUGUGUGUUGGAUGUUUUAAACUCAUGAGGCAUCAUGAAUUUCAGGUGUGGCCCAGAGUAAGAAGUGCUUUUUGACGGAUGACUUCGAAUAGACUUCUGUUACUUUGGGGCUCACCUAAAAAUUUUCAGAUUGUAUUAUUUAGAGAAUUCUAUACUCUUUUAAUCAUAAAUAUUUCACCAUUGAAUCCAUGAAACUGAAAUAGAAAAUAUGGCUUAUUAGACUAAUUAGCUAAAAAUCUGCCCAUUGGAAAGUGGAAGAGCUUUCUCUGAGUGCUAAGUUUUUUAAUUUAGUUUUCUGUUUGGAAAGGAUAUUAAGAGUUCAGAUAUCUUUCUUCUCAUGUAGCACGUUUGAAAUACCAUUAUUUCUGGUUUUGUGGAAAGUGACAUGAGCUGGAGAGGGCAAAAUGUGGCCUCUGCUAGCCAUUCGCAGCUGUGACCUCCCAGCAGAGUCCACGUCAGGGUGCUUGGAUCACGCUGCGCCCUCUACCUAGCCAGCAUAGCAGUAUUGCUCUGUAGGUGUUGCACAUCUGACUUUUGUUAAUCAUUUUUUAAAACUUUCUCAAUUUGUUUAUUUCUCUUCAGAAAGAAGUGUUUUUAAACAGUGUAUAUGCUUUUUAAAGAAAAGUACUGUGGCUGAGAACCCUGUGGAUUUUUUAUUAUGUUGUCUGUCAUAAAUAAGCUAACAUAGAUCAGUUGUAGGCUGUGUCUGCAGAGAUAUGCAGCUGGAAGUCAGAGCCCGACGUCACAACAGUCUUGCCAAAGAGAGAGCCUGAGUGGAAGAUGUGUUUGAUAUUUUUCAGCACUAAGCGUGAGGCUGCUUGCACAGCGUAAGAAUAGUGUUCAGAUUUGUUGACUAGUCAGUAUAUAGAUUCGUAGCCUCUGACUGACUGAGAGUCUUAACGGUGUAGCAGAAGUCACCGUUGUUUUUCUGUCUUCAGAUUUGUCCGUUCAAAAGAUGGCUCAUUGCUUUUUAAGAUGACUUUAGCAUUCGAAGCAAAGAGAAGACCAGUGAGAGACAUGAACUAAAACAGCGUAGGUGAAUUUUGAUUUGUGAUUCACCAAAUGAGACUUAAUAAUAACCCAAGAAAAAAAAAAUGCUGCCAAAAUAUAUUAAAUAUUUAGGUAGCUUAUUAGUGGGAAGAUGAAAUACUUGUCCUUUUUAGGCCUAUCCUUAAUAAACUAGGAAAUUGGUGACUCAAAAGUUUGAAAUUUUCAUCAAUAUGAAGCUCGUUUGUUUCUUUCCUAGUCAAGAGGAACUCAUUGGAAAUGCCGUUAUAAUUUAAAUUUGUUAGUUUCUGAUAAGUAUAAUGAUUGGUAUGCUACCAACCUGGUGUAAUAGUAUAAUACCAGCCAAAAUACAAUUUGAGACACAUCUAUCUCAUUUAACCGUUUAUUUGAACAUGGAAGCUUAUUUUUCAGGCAAAAGAAACAUAAUAGUUUUUAAAAGUGUAACUGUAAGAAUAACUGUAUGAUGACCUUGAAGAGCACUAUUUUUUAUUUCAUGCCCCCUCUGUGUUUGAGCUCUGCUUAUUUUUUUCAGAGGCAUUAUUUUUACUGUAAGCUCCAAAGUGUAAGAAUUAAAAGAACCGAUCAAACACAGCUUCCUAUUAGAUUUUCUUCACUAUGUAAAUAUUAUUUGUGUUAACAUUACAAAAAGGGAUCCAACAGUUGAAGUUUGAAUAACAUUUUCUCCCCAGGCAUGUGCUUCCAUGACAAAUGCUUUCCUGUGUGGAAAAUGCCAUAUGACUAUUGCACUACCUUCUGUGUAGACCGUCUUGGUAUUGAGUCUUUCUCUAUGGCAAGAACUAGGGUGUCUGUAGCUGCCAAGUUUUUAUAAGUGGCUUUAUUCCUCUUCGAGUAGAUUUAUAAAGGAGCCCAAGAUGCACUGUUAGAGAGGGGAAAAAUGUUUACAGUCUAUAGUGUACACACCCUAUAUAUUCGUUGAAGCCAGGGCCCUAUAAGAGCAGCCUGGCCUAUUGCUCUCUUAGGAUGACUAGAAUUUAAGUGGCCGAGUGAUUCGAGCAGAAGUUUGUGUUUUCUAUUUUGGGGGGUUUUUUAGGUUAAAUUUGUAAGCUAUAUACAUGCUUUUACUACUGAAAACAAAACUACAGGGCAUCAUAUUAAUUAGAAAUCAAUAAUAAUAGUAGAUUUAAUCCAUUAACUUUUUAAAAGAGUAUAUCCACUGUUGAUUUCCUUCCUGUUUUCGGAGGCACAUUCCUUUAUGAGUUUUUAAACCACCAUAUUCUCUUCUGCAAACAAGGGGUGCCAGUGUUGCUUAAUGGAAGAUAAAUCAUCAAUUUAAAAAAAAAAAAAAAAAAAAAAAGCCUCUGCUUCAGAGGCCUUGGAAAUAAUUGGAUCCCUUUUUUAAAAUGAAGAUGAAUUCAGCUGUGUCCCAGGGAAUCAGUUGUGCUCCUGCUGCUGCUGCGUAAAUAGGUGAUACUAGGCAAGUGGUGACGUUUGUCUGACUUCCUCAGUCAUCUUCUACGGUUUGUUUUUAUUUUCUCUCUUUUAUAUUAUUUCUUUCAAACAUAGUAAAUUUAUGAUUUUACAGCCAGAGUGGUAUUCUGCUUUUUCUAACAAAUAGUGUUCUUUAAUUACAUUGAUGAUAAUUAUUUGCCAUGUGACGUCAACCAGUAUUUUUGGUUUUGCUCCCUUAAAAAUGGCUUGUGUCUAAAGUGACUUUUUGUUUCUGUUCAGAGGAUUCUGAUGAGCUUUUUGACAGCAGUUUUAUCACAGCAGUAUCUCAAGUUGUAGUAUGGGGAAAUCUUGGUCAGUGCCUUAUCAAUUUGAAGACCAAUAUUAGGGCAUCAAGUAUGACAAGAAUCAUUUGCCCUCUUACUCCUCUUAUUUCAGGAGUGUGUGCUAUUCUCCCUCUCCACCAGCUUACUCUUUCUCACGGCAAGUCUAAGAAAACGUGUACAGAUGAUGCUCGGUCAUUGUUGCAUUACUCCUUGGUUUUGAGUGCCCUCCCUGCUCCUCUUCCUCCAGCGAAGAAGAUUUAAAAAAAAAAAAAAAAACCCCACCAAAUCAGCCUUCAGAUGAGCAUGAGCACUCCUAAAAACCGUUUGGAAGAACAUCCAUCCAGCUGAGUUUAUUUUUAUUUUGUGUUGUUGAAAUUGUUGUUUUGAGCAUAGAUUUAAUUAUAAGUUCUUUCAGAAAAUCCUUAAAAGAAUACAGUACAGCCAGAAAGAUUUGUUUGGGUUUUAUUAAAGCUCCUGAAAUCUUGAAAUCAGAGUCCCUUUGGCCAGAAAUGAGACUUAGUUCAGUACAUUCUUAUAUUUAAAUAAGACUCAGAACAAACAAGCAGCCACUUAAGCUACCACUUUCUGUUUACUUGAAAAUAUUAUGUCAGGAAAGUGAAAACAACUCCAAAAUAUAACUUAAAGUAAGACUAAGCUAGCUUUCUCAGUAACAGCAAAGCUUGGAAAUAGUUUGCUUCUCUGAGAUUUUGCAAGAUCUGGACCUACUGAUGUUCAACUGAGUCACGAUGCUGCUUUCACAUUUUUUAAAGGGCUGGUAUGUUCCUGAAUAGGCGAGUGGGCAUAGUCUUUAAAGCCACUUGCAGGGUUAACUGGUCCUUGAGGGUUUAGUAGAAUUUAAAUUUUGAUUCCAGCCAUUUGGACUGCAAAGUAGUGAGGGAAUUAAAGGAAUACAUAAUUAGAGUGCUUUGGGAUUGCACUUUUUUUAAAAAUAGACAAGCAGAAAAUUUCAUAAUUAGCUGUGCUUUAGAUAUCCAAGAGCAAAUAUUAAUUUCCCCCUGUUAGAACUAUUCGCAGAUGUAGUCCAAUAAUAAUUGACGUGUUAGGUUGGGUAGAGUAGCUGAUACGAAGUCACCAGAACUCUCGAGAGUUUCUACCCCUUGAUUAUUGAGAAAUCCAUUGUUUUAAAGCCACCUGAAGUUUGUACAUGUGGGGAGGGGGUGGGGAGGUCAUGCGCGGUGUAACCUAAAGGAAAUAAAAAGCAUCUGUGGGGAUGACUAUCCAGUGAGGAUAAUGUACAGGAAAACACAAGCCAUUUUUAUUCUCCUUCAUCCCAGUUAACUGGAGGUACUACUGAUAAAGCACUUGUUUGCACUAUGACCUCCUGGAGUGAUGUGCAGCUUGGUUCCUCUCUCGCUUUUUGUUUCUGUUUAAUAAUGCAAUUAUGAGUGUGAGAUCUUCAGUGUGUUUGCAUAAGCUAACUUAAAAUGAAUUUAAGUACAGUUUUCUGCAAUAUUUCUAUCAGAAUAAAUUACUUAAAAAUA